GCACCGGCGACCAAUGCGGCGCGCCGGCCGGCCGACGGCCUGUCGCCGGAUUGGCCGGCGGCGCACCGCGGGCUCUACGUGCUCUCGUGCGAUUUAAUUUCCAGACGCGGGGGGGAGAGAGAGAGUCGUGACUCGCUCGGGAGAGCGUAGCGUCCACUGCCAUCGGAGUGUGCGAGCAAACGGAUAGUGGUGUAGCCUAGCUCUCGCGUACGUUGUGUUUGAUUGUCGUCCGAGAUUGAGUCAUGGCACGUACCAAGCAGACAGCCCGUAAGUCGACGGGAGGAAAAGCUCCCCGUAAGCAGCUCGCGACGAAAGCGGCCCGUAAAAGCGCCCCGUCUACCGGUGGCGUCAAGAAGCCUCAUCGUUAUAGGCCAGGUACGGUGGCUCUUCGAGAAAUCAGAAGAUACCAGAAGUCGACCGAAUUGCUGAUCAGAAAGUUGCCGUUCCAACGGCUGGUGCGUGAAAUCGCGCAGGAUUUCAAGACCGAUCUGCGUUUUCAGAGCGCCGCCAUAGGCGCUCUGCAAGAAGCGUCCGAGGCGUACCUUGUCGGUCUCUUCGAGGACACCAACUUGUGCGCGAUCCACGCCAAGCGCGUCACGAUCAUGCCCAAGGACAUCCAGCUGGCCCGGCGAAUCCGCGGCGAGCGUGCUUAAGAGACGCUAUCUAACUCUCAUACAUACCGGUUACGAUUAUUAUUAUUAUUAAUUAUUAUUAUUAUUAUUAUUAUUAUUAUUAUUAUUAAUUAUUACUGUUCGCAAUUAUCGUGGAUGAAGCACUUUCAUUCCAAACUACAUUUUACGUUUUAUUCAUAUAUAAUUAUAUACAAGAUAUGUAACGUGUAUCGGUAUUUGCCAGAUGAUACGAUACGAAUUGAUACGGAGAAAUUCUCUCGUAGUUUCGGAACGAUAUCACUAAGCAGAGCGUAUACAAGUCAUCAUUUUUUCGUUUCUUCUCUCACAAUUCAAACAUUCGGCAGCGUUUCAGAAUUGACUUUUUGUUUAUGAAAUAUUGAUGGAUUAACUGUUCAAUGUCAUUAGUCAUAGAAAAAUUAACGACGACGUGCUUAAUGGUUAUCUCGUACGUUGUUAGGCUGAAUGAUUAGCGCGGUGUAAUUGCAACACACGCAAUAUGGGAUCGCAUUAAUCAUGGGUUGUACGCGUACAAACGCCACGUUUGUAUGUACAGAAUAACUUCGGUAAGAGUAAUCAUACGUCGUUAAUUUUCCUACAUGUAUGAAGUGUGCGACUUACGAAAAUGAUAUUUUUGUUUCUCAAUUUUUAUCCUUAUCGUCAUUAAUAUUAAGCAUUAACGAUUAUCAUCAUUAUUAGUAUUCGUAAAAAGUGUGCACUAGGAUAAGACACUCUUAUAGUGAUCCGAUGUAGUGUGCUUAACGUAUUAGACUUUUGAUUGUAUUCGAAUUGCAAAAAUCGUCUUGGUUACAUAAAUAUUGUGUAAAAAUUUGUGUAAAAAUAAACGUUUCGUAAAUAAAUCUAAA